CUCUUCACAAAGAAGGUUUCGUCCAAAGAAAAAAAGUAAACACGUGUGGUAAAAACAAACGUCUAUUUAACGAAAAUGGGCAGACCGAAGAAGAAGGGAACAAGUGGGGCGGCCACAGCUUACAUCCACAGGACAAAAGCCAUCAAGAAAUUACAAAUAUCUCUGAAGGAUUUUAGGCGGCUAUGUAUCCUGAAGGGCAUCUACCCAGUGGAACCACGGCACAGAAAGGUUGUAGGCCACGGAAAUCAGGCACCUCGCACCUACUACUUUGUCAAGGACAUACAGUUCCUUCUCCAUGAGCCGCUUAUUAACAAGUUCAGAGAGUUUAAGCAUUUCAUGAGGAGAUUGAAGAGAGCAUAUGGCACCAAGAAUAUGAACUCAGCCUCAAGAAUCAGGAGGAACAGGCCCAAAUAUAAGCUUGAUCAUAUUGUAAAAGAAAGAUACCCGACAUUUAUUGACGCUAUCAGGGACAUGGAUGACUGCCUGUCCAUGGUCUUCCUGUUCUCCGUGUUCCCGAAAACCAAAGAAACGGACACACGGUUUAUACAGCUGUGUCGGCGACUAUCUGUUGAGUUCAUGCACUUCGUCAUUGCUUCAAAGUCAUUGAGAAAGGUGUUCAUUUCAAUCAAGGGGAUCUACUACCAGGCCGAGUUGUUCGGCCAGGUGGUUAACUGGGUGUUGCCUCAUAGUACGGGGUUUGCUCACCCGACAGAUGUAGAUUACAAGGUUAUGAAGACGUUUGUUGAGUUCUACACCACGCUGCUUGGCUUCGUCAACUUCAAGUGUUACAGUUCGCUCAACCUACACUACCCGCCCAAGUUGCUGCUGGACAGUCCUGAGGAAGAGGUUGUAGAGGAGCCAAAAGUGAAACAAAGGGGCAAAAAGAGAAAAAAUGAGGAGAAACUGAAGAAAUUAAAGGAAAGAGAAAGGAAGUUUGUGGAGAAGGAGUCGGUGGAAGAUCGCCUGGCCGCCCUCAGCCAGACGUUACAGGUCAAAGGGACAGGCGGGCCCGAGGAGGAAGUUGACAUUGACGAGUUCCCUGCUUCAGAGACUGAUGAUCCUGAGAGGGUUGAGCUGGCCAAACAAGAGCAGGAAAAGCUGGAGAAAUUCCAGAACCUCUUUAAGGGCCUCAAGUUCUUCUUGAAUAGAGAGGUGCCACGCGAGACACUGGUGUUCAUUAUCAGGUCGUUCGGUGGUGAGGUAUCCUGGCACUCGACCCAUGCUGUGGGGUCAAGCUAUCCGGAGACAGACGAGAAAAUCACGCAUCAGAUUGUAGACAGGCCGACAAUGGCAAACACAUACCUCUCUAGGUACUAUGUGCAGCCCCAAUGGGUGUUUGACAGCGUGAACGCCCGCAUGCUGCUGCCCGUCAAGGACUACUUCAUGGGGGAGACCCUGCCACCCCACCUCUCGCCGUUCGUUGUGGAGCAAGAAGGGGAAUACGUCCCACCUGAGAAACAGGCUCUCGUUAACAGACAGAGAGGUAUUGAUUCUGGUAUUGAGGAGGAAGAGGAAGACAGUGAUAUUGAAGAUGAGGAGGAGGAGGAGGCAGAAGGUGGUGAAGAGAGCGGAAGUGUUGUGGAAGAUUCCAGUGAGGAGGAAGACGACAGUGAGGAGUCGGAUGAGGACAGUGAUGAUGAACAGUCAGAGGAAACCGGUCCUCCAGCAAAGAAAAAGAAAGCUGAUUCAAAGAAAAAGAGUAAAAAGGAGUUGAACAUGUCCGUUGAAGCCGGGACAGUUGAGGUAGAAAACACACACAAGCGUCACCAGCAAAAGACGGCAGAGGAGCGGCGCCUGGCCGAGAUGAUGAUUCCCAAGAAAAAGAAGAGGCUUUACAAUAAAAUCAUGCACUCACGGAAAAAGAAUGCCCAGGAGGCGAGGGUUUUAAAGGAGAAGAGAGUAGCCAUUGAUAAGGAGAAGAAAAAGGAAAAGAAGAAACAGAAAUUGACUUGAAGAAUGCAUUAAAAGAAAAUAUUGAUUUUAUUGUUCAUGAAACUCUUUCUAGUAUUAGUGUUCAUGAAAAUCUUGACAAAAUGAAUCAUGUAAACUUUAUAAUAUUGUUCAUGAAGCUCUUGACAAUAUUGUUUAUUAAAAUCUUGUUCAUGAAACAAUCAGUAAUAUUGUUUAUGAAAAUAUUGGCAAUACUGUUCAUGAAAAUCUGGAUAAUAUUGUUAAUGAAUGGCUGGAUGAAAUUUUUGAUACCAAUAUUUCAGUACAAUGUAAAAUUAUUCUAGUGUGCUGAAAAAUAACUGUCUUUUGAGCAUUCCUGAUAACAUUGUUCGAAAAAAAGUAUAUAACAUUCAUCAUUGAAAGUGCAUGUUUUAGAAAUAGUGUUCUUUGGAAACAGAGAAAUUUACUUCUCUGGUAAAGGUAAACUCAGAACGCUAAUGCCUGUUCCUUUAAUGAGAUAUAAAAUAAACAAAUAUUUUAAAAA